UUUAAAGUAGCUAUUAUAACUCUUUGCUCAGCAAAGAGUCUAAGGUCUCAGGCCCAUUCUAAUCCCUCGUCUUGGAAAGGUUAUAAUGAAUAGGUCACCCUAUUAGGCAUAUGUCCACAUGUCCUCCCCCAAACUGGCUGAGAAUUAACCAGAAUGAUGAAAGUAAGAAAAGCAGUUUUAAGCAGAAAAGCAAAGACAAGGAUUUUCAUUUCCCUUGUAUAGAAAGACAAUCAAUAAUAGGUUGCUGUGUUGGCAGAGAGCUCUUGCCAAACCCUCAGAUGUCCGCUGUCUUGGGUCAGAGGUAACAGAGUUAGCAGCUGUGGGAUUACAUGGCUCUUUUGUAGUCCCACUUAUUUACCACCCUUACUAAAAUCUAACCAAUCUUUCCUCAGUGAAGCCUUUCCUGCAGCCCACCCCACCUCCCACCUCAGUCUCUUCAAGGGAAGUUUCUUUGAUACCUUAAUAGUCUUUUUUUCUUUCAGAAAUUCAACAUAGCAUGAUAAUCUCUGUAAGAGUAAAGAGAAACUAUGCCUCAAAGGGUAAAAGGGGUUACAAAUCCUACUACAGAUAAAGCAAAGAUCAUCUUUGUAGAAGCUAAAAUGGGUCACCUUCUUAACCCAUUUCCUUAUUAUUUAGGGAAAAUGGCUAGUCCACUUGUUGCACCCUAUUCUGCAAGCAAGUUUGCUCUGGAUGGGUUUUUCUCCUCUAUCAGGAUGGAACAUUCAGUGACCAAGGUCAAUGUCUCGAUCACUCUCUGUAUCCUCGGCCUCAUAAACACAGACACAGCCAUUAAGGCCGUUUCUGGGAUACUCAACAUCGAUGCAUCUCCGAAGGAAGAAUGUGCCCUGGAGAUCAUCAAAGGGGGAGCUCUGCGUCAAGAGGAAGUGUACUAUGGCAACUCAGUCUGGACAGAUCUCCUGCUGGGAAAUCCAGGGAGGAAGAUCCUGGAAUUCUUGUCCUUAAGAAGUUAUAGUUUGGACAAAUUUAUAAACAACUAAGCACUUCCUUAAGGUGGGGCAUGGUAAGGGAGCUUUGGGACUGUUCUUCCUGAUAUUUAUCUGAGCUCCAUCCCUGAAGGCAUCUCCAAGGAGAGACAAAUGGGUGUCCCCAGAGAGUUGUAAGUCACACAUCACAUCUCACAAUUUGAAGGAGUUCCUCUAACACUUGCACAGUGGAAACGUAAUUAUAAUGAAUGUCAUGAACCACUGCAACCUGCAGUUGUGAAAUUGAUAGUAACCAUAGGUAUAAUUAAAAGGUAGUUCUAUCAAAUUUACCUCAUAUAUAAUAUUAUGAGUAAUACAAUAUUAAUUAUAAUAAAGGUCAUAUCAAUGUUGUAAAUUCAUGGUUAGUAGCUCUAAGUUCAGUUCAUUCAGUAUGGUCCUUUAAAACCAUAACCUAUACGAGUGAAAAUUUUCAGUGUUCAUUUCGUAUUUUGUGGUCUGAACCUUUUCUCUGUUCUUGAGUUGAAGAAAUCACCCUACUCUUCAUUUAAUGGACAUCAUGUCCAUACCAUAUUGUAUAUUUCAGAUACUCUUUAUAUUAUUUUAUAUUGCUCCUCUGGGAAGGAGGAUACCUGGGUGGGUAUAAAUCACCAUGUACGUGGAAGUCCCUGGGAACUUGAGCCACAGAAUGGACACAUGUUUAUCGCCCUCAGACUGCAUCAGGUGUCUCCACUUUACGUGUGAACUCUCAACUGUGUGUUAGAAGCCUGGAGAGAAGGGAAUGGAGUUCCAUCCUGCCACUUACACAUUCCAUCAUUUAUUCAUUCAACAAACAUUUAUCAAACAGUUGCCAGGCAUCACCUGACUACAACCAAACAGGAAACAGAAAUCAGCUAUAUUAACAACUCAGCAAAGCCCUGUAUUGGUUAGGUCCCCAACAGGUUAGGCUUUAAUAAAAAGGGGGUUGUUUACAAAAGUGUGGACAAGGUCAUAGGGCAAUCACAAGGGAUAAGGAAGUAUCUUGGGGCUAGUCCCACCUUAGGGAUAAAAAGAACGAUUAUGAGAAUCCAGAGAUAGAAACUGUUUGGAGAGCAUCACAGAACAGGAACUAUGACAUUCAGUUAUGGGAUGCCACCAGCCCAGCUAGGACCAUGCAGGAGGGAUCUGGGGAAAUAAACACCCCAGCCUCACUCUCUUCCCUCCCUCCAACUUCUUGCUAAUAUUUUAUAUUAGCUAACCAGAGGGGCAGGGGAGCAGACUGAUAUAAACCACACACGUCAGCUUCCUCAUGGACAGAAGCAUAGGAAAGAAUGGAGAGUGUUCUGGAGGGACAGAUGGGAUAUAUCCAGCAUGAACUCAACAUCCCCAAAUGCAGGGCUUCCAUGGUAAGAGAUACUAGGACACGAGACAUGGGCUUGGAUGCACAAGGGAAAUUUCCUUUUCCCAUCACUUAAUCUAAGUGACCAGGCAGCAGAACAGACUGGAAUCCAUUGAGCCUGCUGACCACCCAGACAAGGAGCUAGAUCUGAGGGUGACUAUGACUGGGCUUUUCUUAGAAAGAGAUUCUUCCCAGCCUGCUCAGUGCAAGGGAGCAGGAAAGAUCUGACUGCACCUGUGUGCAAGAAAAUAGAUCCAAGAUGUGAAGUCAGAUUUCUGACCAUACAGCACAACACACAGGCACACCAGUGCAAAAUCAGAGAAGAUCACGAAGUGUCUGGGUGCAGGUGAUAAACUGUUGUGCUAGUCUGUGUGCAUGCAUCACAAAUGGGGCAAGAAGCCAGGUUUGCAACAGGAUGAGGGCAUGAGGCUGACCAGGAGGAAAGGAGGUAAAUGCUGAGAGAGGAGCAUGAUCAGAUGACAAAUUUACAGUCAGAGGCAGCUUCAAAUUAGUUUUGCCUUCAACCUGAACUUUUAGGGUUUUCUUUAGGCUUAAAGACACAUUAAGACUUCAGCCUAUGUUUAGUAUAAAUCAGCUGCUCCCUGAUUCUGUUCACUUACUGGGGAAAGCAAGAGAGGGUAUGUAACAAUUUUUAUGUAACUAAUAAACUAAACCUUUGGUCUUUC